CUUCAACCCGACGCCCGUGUUAUCAUCGUCUCCAUCUCCUCUCCUUUCUCUUUCCCUGUCACAAUGUCUCUCGCUGCAUCACGUACCGUGCUGCGGUACUCGAAAUUCGCUGCUCGACGUGCGGGCAUGCGCAAUGCCUCGUCGACUUCCGAGGUCGCGGCGGCGGCAAAGGAGAAGACGUCCAACCUGCAGUCCAAGGCAUCCGAGGGCUUGUCGAGAAUGACUUCUUCGGCUAGCUCCGCGCUCACCAAGGCCGGCUCAGCGACAGCGGGGGCGCUGGGAAAUGUUGGGGGACGAACAGGGCGGUUGAUCGGAGGCAUCCAAUCAAUGAUUCCUUACAUCGUCUACUACUCUAAAGUCGGCCUGGAGCUGGGAAAGCUCGUGGCCCAGCAGCGGAAGAUGAGUCCCCCUGACCUCGCGACCUUCCAAAGCUACUUCCAACCCGUCAUCAACGGCCUCCGGAAUCCUGCAACGCUCCUCGCCCAGACGUCAACCUCCAGCGCUCUACAACCCGCGAACAUUCUCAACCGCCUGAGGAACCUCUCGAUGGCACAAUGGGCGUCGGCAGGUGUGGUCUCUGCAGAGGUCAUUGGCUUCUUCACCGUUGGCCAAAUGAUUGGCCGGUUCAAGAUUGUUGGAUACCGAUCCAGCGCUCCGGCACACCACUGAACAUAACACCACAAUCCGAUUGUACGCAGGGGGCAUAUUUAAGUGCUCCGGAUGUAAAUGUGGAUGGCGCAGGGCUAGGAUUCAAUGGCACAAAGCAUGAAUACCAGACUUGAUUUGUACGUUUGUGAGGUCGGAUGGAAACUGUGUACGAGUAAUGCACACGAGGCGGAUCGACGCUGUACUAUUGCCCAUGUUCUGUUUUAGAAUUCCCUUUCCUAUAUGCAAGUAUUGGAACUGCAUCUUUAUCAUCCACGGAUAC